UAUAUUGUCAUUAUGGCCUGGCCAGUCAUUGAUAGGGCAAAGGAAAAAUGCACACAGCAACUACCACCACACAUCUUCCUUAUCAUCUUUCACCAGCAGAGAACAAACCCACUUCCAAACUAACCCAGAAAACAAUCCUAGACCUCCUAAACUCCAAAUGCAAUGCUUCGUUUCAAUAUCUCAAGCAAAUCCAUGCUGUGAUAUUAAGGAGUGGCCACUUUGAAGACCAUUAUGUAUCUGGUACCUUACUCAAAUGUUAUGCCAAUCCUCAUUUUAAAAACAUUGACUUGGCCUUUACAGUUUUUGAUCAUGUCCCGAAGCCUAAUGUUUUUGUGUAUAACAUUAUUAUUAAGGCUUGCUUAGACAAUGAUGAACCAUUUAAGGCUAUAUGUUUUUACUACAAGAUGGUGGCUGCAAAUGCUAGGCCUAAUAAGUUUACUUAUCCGUCACUGUUGAAGGCUUGUGGGGUUGCAACAGCAGCUAAAGAAGGCGUGCAAUUGCAUGGUCAUGUGAUUAAACAAGGGCUUACUGGAGAUGUGCAUAUAAGAAGUGCUGGGAUUCAAAUGUAUGCAACUUUGGGUCACAUGGCAGCAGCAAGGAGAAUGUUAGAUGAGGAUGGAGAAUCAGAUGUUAUUUGUUUCAAUGCAAUGAUUGAUGGGUAUUAUAAGUUUGGAGAUGUAGAUUCAGCUAAAGAAUUGUUUGAAAAAAUGGAGGAUAGAAGUGUUGGUUCUUGGAAUGUAAUGGUGUCUGGUUUGGCUAAAAAUGGGAUGGUUAAAGAAGCAAGGGAGUUGUUUAAUGAUAUGAGAGAAAAGGAUGAGAUUUCUUGGAGUAGUAUGAUUGAUGGUUAUAUAAAAGGUGGGAAUUAUAAGGAGGCAUUAGAAGUAUUUAAUGUAAUGCAAGAAGAGAAAAUUAGGCCAAAGAAAUUUGUUUUGUCAAGUGUGCUGGCUGCUUGUGCUAACCUGGGUGCUCUUGAUCAAGGAAGAUGGAUUCAUGCAUAUGUUAAGAAGAAUCCUAUGUAUUUGGAUGCAGUCUUAGGCACUGCUUUAGUAGAUAUGUAUGCGAAAUGUGGGCGGCUUGACAUGGCUUGGGAUGUUUUUGAGACAAUGAAAGAGAAAGAAGUCUUCACUUGGAAUGCCAUGAUUUGUGGGCUAGCUAUGCAUGGUAGAGCAGAAGAUGCAAUUAAGCUUUUUCUCAAGAUGCAAAAGGAGAAGGUUAGGUCGAACGAGAUAACCUUUGUAGGUCUAUUGAAUGCUUGUGCACAUAAAGGAAUGGUAGAUGAAGGUCUAAACAUAUUGGAUUCUAUGGAGAAAGAGUACGAUAUUGUCCCUCAGAUGGAGCACUAUGGUUGUGUUGUCGAUCUCCUGGGAAGAGCAGGGCUAUUGGCAGACGCAGAGGAGUUUAUAUUUUCAAUGCCAAUUGAACCAAAUGCUGCUGUUUGGGGAGCACUAUUAGGUGCUUGUAGAAUACAUGGAAAUGCAGAAUUAGGUGAAAGAGUAGGGAAGAUUUUGCUCCAAUUAGAGCCUCAAAAUAGCGGUCGGUAUGCAUUAUUAUCAAACAUCUAUGCAAAGGCUGGAAGAUGGGAUGACGCUGCAAACGUGAGGAAACUCAUGAAGGAAAGAGGAGUCAAGACCACUCCUGGAACUAGCAUGAUUGAUUUAGGUGGUGUUAUUCAUGAAUUUAAAAUGGGCGACGGUUCGCACCCAAAUAUGAAGGAAAUCUACUUGAUGCUGAAAAAUAUGAUUCAGAAGCUUGAGAUGGUAGGCUAUUCGCCCAAUACUUCUCAGGUUUUGUUUGAUAUUGAAGAGGAAGAGAAGGAAACUGCACUUCAUUACCAUAGUGAAAAGCUCGCAAUUGCUUUUGGAUUGAUCAGCACAAAUCCAGGAACGACAAUCCGCAUCGUGAAGAAUCUAAGGAUGUGUGAAGACUGCCAUUCUGCUGUCAAGCUUAUCUCUCAAGUGUACAGUAGAGAAAUUAUUGUGAGGGAUCGUGCUCGUUACCAUCAUUUCAGGAAUGGAACAUGUUCUUGCAAGGAGUUCUGGUGAUUCCUGGAAGUAGAAGGGAACUAAGACUGUCGAUGCAGGAGGAAGGCAUACUGAUAACAAAGUUUUACUUCAAUGAGUAAAGAAGAAUCUGUCUUGAAUAAAUUCCAUUCUCCUACAGGAUGUUUAGAGAAGAUGUUGACGUCAAGAGCUUAUUCAAGAAACCUGAAGUUUUGACAUCUUGAUAUGCCAGACUUGAAAAAAGAACUAGCUCUAGUACAAGCCAGAAAAAGCAGGAAAUUGCAGCAGUAUGCAGGUGUAAUAUUCUGCAGUUAAGGAAACUGCAUAUUGCUCCAACUUGCAAGUAUCAAAUAGAACAAGUUUAGCUAAUCUCUUUUUGUCUAGGGUUCCAAAUUUUCUUGAAAUACAGCACCAAUUAACAUAA